AUGCUCCACGUCAGGGCUUUGAUGGUGUUGCUGGUGACGACGCGGCUGUUGCUUCCUACACAAGGUGAGGGGCAGGAGGUAGGGGUGUACAGGUACUCUGAAGAGGACAUACCCCCGAGUGAGGAGGACACCUUUAGCAGUAAGUACAGGACACCUCUGUACACUGACGAGGUCCUAAACUCCUUCAGCCUCUGCGUCAGGUUACGGCUGCUGGCCAUCGGCGGUAGGAGCUGCUUCAUUAACCUGGCCAGAGCGAGGGAUGGUGUCCACUUCGUCAUCAGGGGAGGUAAAUAUUACAGGUGGUACCAUGUGUGCUUCACCUACAACGAGCUGGACCAUCAGGUGAGCAGUUACCUGGACGGUCACCUUCAAUACCAGGUCAAGGUGGAGUUGGACAAGGUCAUCCAGGUUGAUGAGGUCAGCUUAGGCCGUGCAAAAGAUUGGAGAUAUUUAACUUAUGUUGGAGAUCUGACGCAGGUGAACAUGUGGCGGAGAUCCAUGAAUGAGGAAGAGAUAGAGAAGAUCGCCAAGUGUGAGACAGACCCCCAGGGAGACUUUAUUUCCUGGGAGAGAGACCUACUGCAGCAGAACCUCACCCAGGAGUACAUGGUUCUUGAACAACUUUGUCGCAACGGCACCGACCCCUUCUAUUUCUGGUUCCCUUGGGUACCUCACGGCACAGCUCAGUACGUGUGUGAGGCACUGGGCUCCCACCUUCCUCAACCCACAACUGAACACGAGAUAAAGACCCUUCAUAACCUGACAACUCAACUCUGGUCAGAUGACAAUAGAUUUCGUAACAUUUGGACACCUAUUGACGACCAAGAGAACGAGGGAGUGUGGAGGUCACGCGUGAGUUCAUUUACAGACAUCUCGCCUCUGUGGUCCAAAGGAGAACCAAAUGGACUAGAAUAUGAGAACUGUGUUUACAUUGGGUCGAAGUUGAUGGACGACGUAAACUGUUUCGAGACAUUAGCGCUCGCCGCGUGUAGGUUUGAGGAACAGCGGGUGUUUACCUUACGAGGAAUUUGUGAGAAAAAGAGCGAGAAGAACUCAUUUUUAGCGUGGCAAGAUGAAUUGGGAGUCUUGGUCUUCAAAGGCUUUAAUAAAGGUCAAAUAGUAAAAAAUAAUAAUAGCUGGGUUUGGAUGGACACUUCGAGCAACACAACACUAGCGCGAAUAGAAGACGUUAAACAUGAUUUUCCAAUGGGGCGACAUUGGUGGUCGCUGGAAACACACAUGUGUGAACAGAAACCAGGAACACUUCGUCAAUUGACAUUGUCGUCUUGCCCUGACAACCACUUCACUUGCGACGACGCCACCUGUAUCCCUCUGGAGUACUACUGUGACAACAAGUAUGACUGUAUAGACAACAGCGAUGAGACUGACUGCCAGAUGAUAGUUUUCCCUGACAAUUACCAGAAGGAUGUGUCCCCGAGGCCUCGUGGAAUCCACAAAGACAGCGUCCCCAUCACUGUAGAGUUUCUUAUAGAGAGCAUCUCCGUUGACACAGAAGGCAUGGCCAUGAAGCUUUCCUUUGAGAUCCUGUUGACUUGGACGGACGAAAGGCUUCAGUACCAGAAUCUGAAGGAGGAUGAGAGCCUCAACAAGCUGCCGAUGUCAACCAUUCAUAAACUGUGGGCGCCUCUCCUUCGGUUCGUGAACACAGAUGGUAACCACCACACACAGGUGGACCAGUACACCGCGGCUCACGUCAAGAGGCUCUGUUCUUACAACAGGAUGAACGACUCUGCUGCAGCUGAAGUGAAGGUGUACGGAGGAGAGUGUAACACCAUCACCUUCCAGCGUCGUUACAACAUGAACUUCUCCUGCGUGUUCAAACUGCUCCUCUACCCCUUCGAUGCCCAGCGCUGUGAGGCUCGCCUGAGGAUAAUCUCCGCCUCCACCACUUACCUCAAGUUUCACCCUCAUAACUCCUCUGUCCACUACACUGGCAGCCCCUUCCUGCUGGAGUAUGAGGUGGGUCGGUUGAAUCUGCAUUACGAGAACUCUGGAACCUUCAGCGAGGUGUGGAUACAGGUGCCACUGGCCAGGCUGUGUGGGUACGCACUCCUCAACAUCUACACGCCCUCCUUCAUCUUCCUCGCCAUCAGCUACGUCACCCUCUUCUUCAGUGUGUCCAUGUUUGACGUGAGGGUGAUGGCGGCCCUCACAGUUCUUCUCGUUAUGGCUACACUCUUCACGCAGGUCAAUAAUUAA